AUGGAGAAACGGCAGGAAAUACAGGCUCCGUUUUCUUCUGAUGAGUGUCCAAACAGUGGAGAGGAUAGUGAAGAAGAUAUAAUAACUGAUUACUUGGGAUCAUCACAUUCUGAUUGCGAUCGUAUACCUAUUAUUAAUGGAGACCUUGGCAGUUUAAAUCUGCGUGGAAAUAUAAUUACUGAGACCAGCUACACCAAAGACAAUACAGAGAAAACGGCUAUCACAAUGUCUGAAGGAACUGAUGAACAGCAACAGCAGCAUUCAUUGCUUACACUUGGCACUAAUGGUCAAACUCAGCCUAAUCCUUUGGUGCCAAUUAUUAGUGUCACUCCUCAUUCACCUGGUCUUGCUAAAAACUAUCCUGUUCUGGAGGACAACUUGCAACAUCUGCAUGAAAUCCAUGAUUGUAUUCAGCGUAUGAGAGAUUUGACGCUGAGCAACUGGGGAUAUAAUCAUCGCACAUCCCACAAUGAUGUACCACAACGGUUAACUUCAUCAUGUCCUUCCUUAUGUCCUUUAAUUUCACCUGAAAUUGCACCACGCUCAAAUAAUAAUGAUACAGGGUCUGAUCCAGAUCUCCUUGCUAACUGUUCCACCAAUAGCUCCCCUACACAUUUUCCAUCAGUAGGUCCUCGUUCACAGAAUGCACAGGGUAUAGACAGAAGACGCAGCUGGACUGACUUGGAAGACACUCGAUGUGGGCGUCGCAGAUAUUCUGGGCAAAAUCAUCUGCAAGCACAAAAUAUGCGACAACGCAGUAUUAGUUUAAGUAGCCUAGACAGUGAAAUGGAAAUAGAAUUACAUGGAAAAUCUUGUGAUCGACCUGUAGGGGUUGGCAGUCGAGCAUGCAGAUCACAAGCAAGUACUCAUUCUCUUAAUGAAGCUGAUCUUGUGCAGAGUGAAUAUCAGAAGAUAAUCACAAAACGAUUCAAAGGUAGUCAAAGAUUAGCAGAAAGUAGUGGUUUAAUGCCUGGUCUCACAGGCUCUCGUUUACCUCUUCAGAAAUCAAUUUCAACGCCUUCAAUUGUUACACCUCAAGUUAAUGUUCAUUUAGCAGAGGCUGUACCUAGGACAACGCCAUCACUUACAACCCGACGUGAAAGAAACGAAAAGGGUAGUGGGAGUGAGACUGAAACUGAGGAUCUUCAUACACCACACAGCCAUGAAUUCCAUGAAGACAGAGAAGGCACUUCAAAUGCUCAGAUAUCUCUAGAUGAAUUACUGACUGAUAGUACUUGUAAAUAUUUACUGCUGAUCAUUUUUCAUUCAGAAAAAACUAGAAGAAAACGGGGUUCUAUUUUCUUCCGUAAAAAAAAGGAUAAGAGUGGUAAAAAAACUAGUCAGCAACAUUUAUGGACGACAAUAAUGGCAGGAUCUCAGGGAAGUUUGUUAUGUGAUGCUUGUAUGAAACAGUCAACAAACAAGCCCCUUCUACAUUGUGACAACUGUGGAGUAUAUGUACAUCAAAGUCAAGGUUGUAAGGAUCAACUAGUACUAGAAUGUAUCAAGUCAAAACAUCAUUCUAGUAAAGUUACCACCAAACCUAUAUCAAGCAUGUCCACAACUUCGAGUAGCUACAAUGUUAAGAGAGGAUCUACCGCAUCAUUACCUCUACCAACAUCGUCUGGAAGUGGGAGGGAAAUUAACAGCAAGAAAGCCGUGACAAGCUACAGCCCUUGGCGGCGAGUUGCUACUAAGCUCGGAGUCAAUCAAACAAUAAAUGAGGAAAAAGAUGGAGAUGGACAACAUCGUGAUAUAUCUAGUGGGUUGGAAGGAUUCGACUUUGCAGAUGAUGCUUAUCAAUUUACUGUGGGUGAUUUGGAAGGUCUUGAUCCAGAAUUAGGCCUAGCUAAAGAAGAACCUGACUCCUGGAGCGCUGCCAUUGGACAUAACGUCGCAUUACGACUAGCUGAUAAUUGCGAACGGAAAGUAAAAAGACAAGAACACAUUUAUGAAUUUGUCCUUACGGAAAAACAUCAUUGCUUAGUACUCCUUGCAAUGGAGAGAAUUUUCGCUGAAGGUCUUCGACGUCACUUUCGCUUGGGUCAACCAGAUCUAGAACGCAUGUUUCCCAGAUUACGUGAUCUCAUUGAUAUUCAUUUACGAUUUUUGCAAAAAUUACGCAAGCGACAAAACACAAACCCUGUUGUUCCUACAAUCGCUGAUAUAUUAGUUGAUCAAUUCUUUGGAGAGAAUGCACAACGUAUGAAGAGUGCCUAUGGAGAAUUCUGUAGCCGUCAUAGAGAUGCUGUUGAAACUUACAAAUAUUACUUGCGUCACGAUCCUCGAUUUGCACGGUUCGUGCGUCAAUGUCAGUCGCAUCCCUUGUUGAAGAAAAAAGGAAUUCCUGAGUGCAUUCUGUUUGUUACUCAGCGUUUAACAAAGUAUCCGUUACUAGUUGAACCACUUAUAAAAACUGGUAUUGUACAAGAAGAAGGUGAAGAUUUACGUAAAGCUUUGGUUCUUGUCAAAGAAAUUUUAGCUGAUGUGGAUGCGUGCGUAGCUGAUAAGGAAAGAGAAGAUAGGAAAUUAGAAAUCUAUCAUAAGAUUGAUGCAAAGUCUUUUGUUACAUAUCGUGGUGCCAAAUUCAAAAAAUCAGAUAUCAUGGCAUAUAAUAGAAUUUUGAAAUUUGAAGGUACUGCAUAUUUAAUGCAAGGUCGUGGAAAAAUGACUGCCAUUGUAGUGGUUGUUCUUUCUGAUAUACUAUUUUUCUUGGCCGAGAGGGAUCAGAAGUAUGCAUUUUUUGUGCCUGACAAUAAGGCUGGUAUAGUAUCACUUCAAAAAUUACUAGUACGUGAAAAGGCUGGUCAAGAGUCUAGAGGAAUCUAUUUAAUAUGUAGCAAUCCGACUGAACCUGAAAUGUUCGAAUUAAAAAUUCAGAAACCCAAAGACAAACAAUUAUGGAUUCAAGCUAUUAGAUCUGCAGUUGAAUCCUGUCCGCAAGAAUCUGAAAAUGAAAAUGAUACAUUAACUGAAAACAAUAGUAAUAAUGAAUUAAGAGAUACACGUUCAUCUUCUAUAUCGUUACUUUCUGUUGAAGAAAGACAACGUUUAGUUAAAACUAAAGAAACACAUGUUCUAAAGAUAGUUGGUGAACUUCGUAAAAAAGACGCGGAACAAGCACUAUUGCUCGAAAAAAAAAUAAAUCUACAAAUGCAGCUUUUGUAUACUGCAAACAUUUGGGGUGGAAAUGAAAGUAGUGAUAAUGAGAGAAUAGAAAAAGUUGAUAAAGAAUUUCCGGAUUAUACUAGAUUAGUUCACAAUGAAGGAACAGACACUACCCAGUUACGGCAAGAGGUGGUUGCAGCAAUACAAGAGGCAACAAAACUUGCUAGCUCAUUAUCUUUUAAUGCGGGUGGUGCUACUCUUUCAAGAAGUUUAAGUUCUGCGGGAGAACGACAUAGUGAGGCCUAUGUUCCACCUGCCCUUUGUGUUCCUCGAAGAGCGGAGACAUUUGCGGGUUUUGAUCAUAACAAAGAAAAAUAUCCGUUGCGAGAUUCUACGAUUCAUUCCGUAAUUUCUCUUCCAAAAGUUGGUGAAUUCAUGAAGGAAAGUCCCGAUGAAAAAGAAAGUCAGGAUUUAGAAAUAAAUAAAGAUCAACAAUGGGCAGCAAUUCGUUUAUCUCAUCAUGUUUAUAGGUUGGUCUGUAUAAUUAGUAAUCAGAUGACGACAAUCGAUAGCCUACAGGCUCAAUUAGCUGCGUGUAAGGAAGGAAGUAUAGGUAAAUCAAAUAAUAGACCUAAUCCAAAUCGCCAGUUAGAAGAGUUACGUAAUUUACAAGAUCAAUUGAGUCGAGAGAAAGCAGCAUUUCGCGCCGCGUCUCAACAAGAACAAAAACAACUGGAAGAAGAACGAGCGGAAUUAGCAAGGCAACGAGAACAAUUAGCGGCAGAACAGAGAGACGUUACGCAGCAACGUGAUCAAUUAUACCGACGUCUCGAAGCAUUAGAACGACAAGGAGUAACGUUAGUUACAGGUUCCGCACCUAGUUCUACUAUUCACUUAUCUCACAUGAUACAAGCAUCUGAUACAGUACAGACACGAAAAGCACAACCGGAUGCUAAACGAAUACCGUUAAAUUUAAUUAGUGCUACUAAUCAGCAGAAAGUGCAAAGUAAUCUUCCAGUUAAACAACAAUUGCCUUUAAAACUUGCUAGCGGAAGCAACAAUAAUUCUAGAACUGGAAGCGCAAGUAAUAACAGUCCGGAUCGACAUUCACGGACAGGAAGUAGUCCGGCAAUCGUGACUGGUUCUACAUAUUCUUCGUCAGAAUUAGGAAACAAUCAUGCCGGAACGAGUCAAACUCACUCUUCGAACCGUUCGCUUCGAAUCACACGAUCGCCACCAGAAUAUUCACAUCAACAACAGCAUCAACGAACUGAGCAGCAACAACCUUUGGAAGAAGAGGUAAUUUUUUUCUGACGACUCUUUCGCUUUGGUCGGAAGCAUUCUCGAUCUUCUCGUCCUACAACGGGCGAAGCUACCCCGACUUCAACACUAACUCCCU